AUGCAAAUAUGGUUACUCGGUGUAUUUCUUUUUGUACCCACAUCGGGAGAGGAUUUCCCGUCAUUGAUAACUGCAAAUGCGUCUAUAGCUGUAGUGUUGGAUCGACAGUACCUAGGCGAUCAGUAUCAGUCCACACUGGACGAUCUGAAGGACUACAUCAAGGAGUUGGUCAGGGUGGACCUCAAGCACGGUGGAGUCGUUGUACAUUAUUUCUCAUGGACAGCAAUAAGUCUUAAGAAAGGUUUUAUAGCAGUAUUCAGCAUAGCAUCAUGCGCGGACACAUGGUCCUUAUUCUCAAGGACUGAGGAGGAAGAGUUGCUCCUAUUUGCUUUAACGGAGGUGGAUUGUCCAAGGCUCCCACUGAAUUCUGCCAUUACUGUCACAUACUCAUCACCUGGUGAAGAGUUGCCGCAAAUGCUCCUUGAUUUGAGGACCACAAGGGCGUUUAAGUGGAAGUCUGCUGCCAUAUUACAUGAUGACACUUUGAGUCGCGACAUGGUAUCUCGCGUGGUACAAGCUCUGACAUUACAAAUGGAAGAUGACAGGGUGCCGUCCAUAUCUGUCACUGUAUACAAAAUGAAGCACGAAGUUAAUGAGUACUUGAGACGUAAAGAAAUAUACAGAGUUUUAUCCAAAUUACCCGUUAAAUACAUAGGGGAGAAUUUCAUAGCAAUAGUAACCUCGGAUGUGAUGACGACAAUGACGGAGACUGCUCGCGAAUUGUCAAUGUCACAUACACUAGCGCAGUGGUUGUAUGUGGUAUCAGAUACAAACUACCACAAUGGUAACAUGUCAACAUUGAUCAACGCAUUAUAUGAAGGAGAGAAUAUAGCUUUCCUUUACAAUAUAACGGACAAUAAUCCCGAAUGUAAGGAUGGUAUACUGUGCUACGGUCAAGAGAUGAUGAGUGCUUUCGUGUCAGCUUUAGAUACAGCCAUCCAAGAUGAGUUCGACAUAGCGGCUCAGGUCUCCGACGAGGAAUGGGAAGCUAUCAGACCUACCAAGAUUCAGAGACGAAAUAUGCUUUUGAAACAUAUGCAGCAAUACUUGGCCGUUAAAGGUGUGUGUGGAAACUGCACCACUUGGAGAGCGCUGGCCGCGGACACGUGGGGUGCAACUUACUCUCAGAUAACGGAUACACCAGAUCAGGAAGUGAAGGCUGUUGAAAAUAUUACUACUCCCGCCAUAGAAAAGGUUGAAUUGCUGCAAGUUGGAUACUGGCGACCCAUAGACGCGAUGCGGUACGAUGAUGUUUUAUUCCCUCACGUGGAGCAUGGGUUUCGAGGGAAGCAAUUACCCAUAGUUACAUACCAUAAUCCUCCAUGGACUAUAUUGCAAGUCAAUGAAUCCGGUGUUGUGUCAAGUUGCAAAGGGCUCAUGUUCGAUAUCGUAGACCAGCUGGCCAAGAAUAAGAAUUUCACGAUCAAACUUAUACUCCCAAACAAUAUGAAGAUGGACUUCUCCAAUGAAUCAAUGACAGAGAUAACAAGUGAGAGUUCACAGCAGGCAUUGUUAGUUGUAGCCAAGAGGCAAGCAGCACUCGCUGCGGCUUCGUUCACCAUUUUAUCUGACCGGAAUCCAGGUAUAAAUUACACGAUACCAGUGAGCACGCAGCCAUAUGCGUUUCUGAUAGCGCGCCCAAGGGAACUCAGCAGGGCCAUGUUGUUCCUUCUACCAUUUACUACCGAUACGUGGCUGUGUUUAGGGCUGGCUGUAAUCCUUAUGGGGCCGACGCUCUUCGUGGUGCACCGUAUGAGCCCCUAUUACGAGGCGAAGGAGAUCACCCGUGAAGGUGGACUGGCGACUAUACACAACUGCUUGUGGUAUGUGUAUGGUGCUCUGUUACAGCAAGGUGGGAUGUACUUACCACGGGCUGAUAGUGGUCGCUUGGUGGUUGGCACGUGGUGGCUGGUGGUUCUAGUGGUGGUCACGACCUACUCUGGAAACCUGGUGGCCUUCCUCACAUUCCCGAAGCAGGAAGUUCCUGUUACAUCCAUAUCUGAACUCCUGGAGAACAGUGAAACGUACACUUGGUCGAUUACUAAAGGAUCCUACUUGGAGUAUGAGUUAAAGAAUUCCGACGAGCCUAAAUACAAAGCUUUAUUGAAAGGAGCCGAACUAAUUACGGACAUGAAAGGACCGAAUGCUACUACCAAUUUAGGAUCCUUGUAUGAACCUAUUGUUAUAGAGUCUAAUGUUCUGGCGCGUGCACGUGAUCAGCGUCACGUGAUCAUCGAUUGGAAAUUACGUCUGGCCUAUCUAAUGAGAGCAGACUAUCUCGUCAAGGAUAGAUGCGACUUUGCUCUCAGUGCGGAUGAAUUUCUGGACGAGCAAGUGGCCAUGAUAGUGCCGGCCGGCAGUCCCUACCUGUCUGUUAUCAAUAAGGAGAUAAAUCGUAUGCAGAAAGCAGGUCUCAUCACAAAGUGGCUGUCCGCUUAUUUACCAAAACGAGAUCGGUGUUGGAAAACCUCCUCUGUAGCGCAAGAGGUCAACAACCAUACUGUCAAUUUGAGCGAUAUGCAGGGAUCGUUCUUCGUGUUAUUUCUUGGAUUUUUUUCUGGCAGCGCGGUAUUGGUGUUCGAGUUUUUCUACAACAGGCGAAGGAAGCGUACAGACAAUGUUAUAAUCAAACCUUACGUAGAAUAA